GCGAAGGCCUACCAAGAACUCAGUCCCUUCGCAGAGGAUUUCAUGGGGGGCAGCGCGGAGAAACACCACGACAACCGGUUGAAAGACGAGUACACGAUCAUUGACGCGAUCAUCCGGCGCAACGACGUCGACUACGCCUACUGGAUCGAGCAGUUGACGGAAGCGCUGGACCGCAAUGCGACCGUUGCCGAGGCUUUGGUCAUGCUGAAGAUCUACCCAGUCCCCAGGGUGUUGACCAAGAUGGUCUCGCAGGAGGACCGGUUUCUGCUAUCGGACUUCGCGAGCGCGUGGGAAGAUGCGGUUCUGCGUCUACCCCUGAAACGGGCGCUGGGGCUGUUGGAUCUUCUGAGCGAUGAAAUCCAGGGAGCCACCGAGCAGCUCUAUCGCAUGCUCGACGAGCAUGAUACCGGGUUUUCCACCGAAGAUGCAGCUCAUGCCGGUGCGAGGACUCCUACUGGGACCAGAAGUUGUACGAGAAUGACCAUGGAUGGAAAUCUCCAAGUUCUUGGUGCAUCAGGAGCACCACCACCAUCGGAGCUGCAGCACGGCAAUGCUAUGGAUUUUGAGGAUUUUGAAGAGGAACACGAACUCGAUCACGAAUUACGAAAACAAUUUUCGGCCGACGAACUCGACGAACACUUUCUGUAUAAUUCCUUUUCCGAGGCGUUUUUGUGCAAUAUCGAAGAACUGCGCGCGCAACUACUCAUGCGCGACCACGAAAGAGUAGAGCAUGAAGAUGUUGAGCAAGAAGGGUUGGCAGCAGGAGAAGGGGAGGUGCCGCGUGAAAAUGGAGUAAAAGGCUCGGAACUACAAGUACAACAACGCAGCCCGCGUUCCCUUCUUAUUAGGACAUUUUCUACGACAACUUCACCGGCGCAAUCUCGUGCAGAUGAAAAACAUACGAAGAAAGGCACGUCGAACAAUAAUAAAAAGUCCACGACUACUUCUACCACUACUUCCCACCACCCGCGCCAAGGAGGGCUGUUGCCUCCGAGCAGCAAAUUUCUGCGGCUACCCGCCGAAGUCCCGAUUAUCCCCGUGUUGAACCUGCAAGACGUGGACAAGCACUUGCAAGAAAACCAACGCUACACGUUCGGUCUGGACUGCGAGUGGCAGCCCGGAAUGUGGACGAACAAGGGCAAAAAUAAUAGUACAACCGGCGCUGGUUUACUAGUCGACCACCACCGCACGAACUCGAACCUCCCCGUCAGCCUGGUCCAGCUGGCGGUGGCGGAAAAGGUGUUUUUGAUCGAUUUUGUCCAGUUGAAGAGUAAAUACCUGAUGAUGAGCAGCUUCGUGUCCGCCGCGCCGGGCGAAACGGCGAUGGAUUACGGGGAGCAGCUGCGGAACCUCGACCGCAGCUUCGUCGCUUCGGCGCUCGGUCUGGUGCACAAAAUUUUGGAAAAGUACGCUGCCAAGGUGGUUGCGUUUGGAAUGGAGGACUUUGCGCGCCUGGAUCUGGUCUCGAAUGAUCAGACACGAAGUAGAAGAUUCUUGGGUGUUGAAGCGGGACGAGGAGAAGAGGGGGAGGAUUCGUCAGCUUCCUUCGUCCUGCCGCGCUGCCAGGGACAUAUCGAGCUUCAUCUCCCGAAGCAGCAGCACGAUUCGAACGACCAAGAUGCGAUGAAACUUCGGAAGUUCUUUCACAGCACGGAAUUGAUCGACUUGCAAACCGUUCCGGCGCCCCCGGAGCUGCCCGGGAAGACGAAAUCGAAAAGGAGCAGCGGCAAAGCAGGGCACUGCGCACCAAAGUUUUCCGAUAUAAUCACUAGCAGUAGCAGUACCCAGGAGCGAAAUGAUUUUUUCCUCUCCCAAAUAAAUGAGACCUUGGCUGUUGGAGAAGAAAAUCAAAACAAUGCGGCACGACCAAAUUGUACUACCCCAACCCGCUGGACCUCCAUGUCCCACCUGUGUGAAGUUAUUUUCCAGGGCUACAAGCUGAACAAACAGCUGCAGUGCAGUCCUUGGGCCUUUCUAUCCCGCCCUCUUCCCGUACCCUACCAACACUACGCGGCACUGGACGCGUAUUUAGCCCUCGGCUGUUACAAUGCGCUCAACGCGGUACCCGCUGUGCAGAAGACACUGUAUAAGUACAACUUCGCGACCACGUCGCAGACCGGGCAGGUGAUAAAGUCCGCCGGGGAAGAUGAGUCAGAAUUUUCUGCAAGAACCUCGGAGCGGUCGUACGGAGACGAAGAUCGACCUCUUCAUUUCCCGUCCAAGGAGAAUGAGACCCUUCUGUCCUCUUGCACCGCCGCAACAAAUUGUACUGUGAACGAUCCCGCCACACCCACUCCGACCUCCACCGAGUUGAAGAAGUCGAACAGUCCAACUUCUACGGCGAGUUCCCGCACCAUCCCUGGUCGACGGGAGAGAAACUACUCGCUCCACUACUCGUUUUCGGAGUUGCAAUUGAAGCCGCCGUCUGAUUUCGGGGAGGAGGGACUAGAUGAAGCUGCACAAACGACCACGCAUUUACUGCCGGUCAGAAGAUCAAGUGAUGUAGGAGAUUUUGGAACAAACACUUCUCCAAAAGACACGACACGAAGUGGAAUUGCUAUUGCAGCAGAAAGAACGGCACUAGGUCCUCUUGCGGCAACACGCAUGAUGUUUGACAACGACGCUCCCUCUACUUCUACCUCGGAAGAUGAGGGUCCUCGAGAGGAGUUCUUUUACAACAAUCAAGAUCAACCAGAUUUGAUGUUUUGCGCUACUGGUACCCCCAGUUGUACAACUUCUACUUCAACAACCCCGCAUUUUAACAAGCUGUACGAGGAGAAAAACAUCACGCUUCAAACAAGCAAAGUUAUUCAGUGUAAAACCGUCGCGUGCGAACGGAAACAAGGAGUUUGUGGACCACCACAUGGGAGCGAUAUUAACUCGAUGAGCAAGUACGUUUUCUGCGUCCUCCCGGCGGAAUCGAAGCACAACCUGUCCGGCGCGUUUUUGCAACAGCAAGGUCUCCGCGUGGUGUCCCCAGCUGAAGUUGCGGCGAAGUUCGGUUUUCCGCUUUUCGGCGUCGGGCCAUUUGCGUGGAUGUUUCAGGACCAGGAUUUGAAGAUGCUCGAGGUGGAUAAGAAAGAUCACGACGACGCGCCUUGCCCUUGCUUACCGGGAACGUCAACCGUCGAGCAAUGCGGCGACAACUCGGGCAUAUUGGCGGCGCAGCGAAACAAGGAAGCAGCACCAGCACCAGUUGCCACAAUUUACUUGAGCACACACAUCCCGAAGAACGCCACAAUUUCUGUCGGCAGCGGCUGGGCGAGUCAUGACGACGUGACUCUGAAGUGUGUCGACCAUGUGUGAAGAAUUUUUGGAACAAGAAAAGUUAGUUGUUGUGCGGGAUGAGUAAGAGUAUCAUCCCUGAACUGCAAUGCUCUACAAGCGAUUUUUUCGAAUAUGUUUCGGAGGUUUUACUUUGUGUAUAUCGUGAAGCUGGAGCUGCACUUUGCGAUUGAGAUACAAGUUUCUUGAACGCAGCUCGCUAUUUUGAAAACGUAUUUGGUUUUGGUUUAACAGCGACAGCAGAGCCCCUUCAGGACGAGUUCUUCUUCUUAUUUCUUUCAGGUAAACGAGCAUGCAAUUAGCUCCACUUGAGAGAUUUAUAUAUCUUCCCCGGCGACGUUCAUUCCUGUCUAGUCAAGAAGAUGAACUGAAGCUGAAACUUAUCACUACAAACACUCCUGCUUCGAAAAUUCUUUUUCUUUCCACGAAUUAUGAUACGGAAAGGUAAUAAGAGCGAACACCAAUAAAAAAUUCAAAAAAAACAAAAACACGAAAAAAAAACACAAAAAAAAGCCUACCUGAGUACAGCGUCUCUCGGCAAAAACAUCUCUCUACUAACAUAGAAAACACAUUGGUGGAGUAGUGCUCUCAUCGCGAUGAAAGCGGUUGCAUGAAAACCAUUCCACAUAAUUGAAAUUCAGUUUUACUUAGAAGUAGUAGAAGUUUCGACUUAGCAUGUUUGCUGCUUCUUGUCUCUUAUUCGUUUUACAUGAUGAUGAAAGUAAACGAGAAUGAAAAGGAGCAACAUCAAGACCAACAGCCGCCAGAGGAUAGCACUAUCGGGAAUGGAGCAUUUGUUUUUCGAAGAUUUUCGACAGCAUUUUGAUUUCUUGUUAUCGUAGCAAUGUUUCCCUCGUCUUCUCGUCUAGUACCUAGGGUGAGAUCUUCAUCCGAAGAAUUGGAUUGUAGCGGCAAACUCAAGCGAAGCCGAUCUUACUUCAACUUUAAGUGUAGCGACUUCCAGUUCGUAUAGAUGAACAAAACAACGAGUAGCUCAAGACAGGUGGAACGGCCUCAGUAUAUUAAUGAUUUGCGAUUAGUUUUGCUUCUUCUUCUUCAUCGAUCUCAAUGAAACAGUGAAAGGCGG